GGUCCGUCCGGAUCCUCCAGUCUCCUGCAGCCCCUUACUGCAGCCCGACAUGGCAGCGCUGACCGCGGCGUGUGUGCUGCUCCUGGCCGGCCUGGGCUCCGGCUCGGCCCGCUACGAGCCCACCUGGGCGUCCCUGGACUCCCGGCCGCUGCCCGGCUGGUACGACCAGGCCAAGUUCGGCAUCUUCAUCCACUGGGGGGUUUUCUCAGUGCCGAGCUUCGGCAGCGAGUGGUUCUGGUGGUACUGGCGGGGGCAGAAGCUGAAGCCCUACGUCGACUUCAUGCAGAGGAAUUACCCUCCGGACUUCAAGUAUUCGGACUUUGCGCCGCAGUUCACCGCCGAGUUCUUCAACGCCAAAGAGUGGACCGACAUCUUCGCCUCCUCGGGGGCCAAGUACAUCGUCCUGACAACCAAACACCACGAAGGUUUCACGCUCUGGGGCUCCAAAACCUCCUGGAACUGGAACGCGGUGGACGUGGGGCCGAAGCGAGACCUGGUGGAAGAGCUGGCGACGGCGGUGCGCGGCCGUCCAGACCUGCGCCUGGGACUCUACCACUCGCUCUUCGAGUGGUUCAACCCGCUCUUCGAUGAGGACAAGGCCAACCAGUUCUCCACCGCAUACUUCCCCAACAGCAAGUCCCUGCCGGAGCUGUACGAGCUGGUGUCCCGGUACAAGCCGGAGCUGCUGUGGUCCGACGGAGACGGCAACGCACCCGACACCUACUGGAACAGCACGGGCUUCCUGGCCUGGCUGUACAACGACAGUCCGGUGAAGGACACGGUGGUGACCAACGACCGCUGGGGGAAGGGCUGCAUCUGCAAACACGGCGGCUUCUACACCUGCACCGACCGCUACCAGCCGGGACACCUGCUCAAACGCAAGUGGGAGAACUGCAUGACCAUCGACAAACAUUCCUGGGGAUACCGACGCAACGCCCCGCUGAGCGACUACAUCCCCACCAAGAACCUGGUGGAGACGCUGGUGGAGACGGUGUCCUGCGGAGGAAACCUGCUGAUGAACAUCGGCCCCGCCCACGACGGGACCAUCUCGCCCAUCUUCGCCGAGCGCCUGAGGGACAUGGGCGAGUGGCUGAAGGUGAACGGAGACGGCAUCUUCAACACGACAGCGUGGCGGGCGCAGAACGACAGCGUCACGCCGCACGUCUGGUUCACCUCCAAACCCCAGGAGAAGGCCGUCUUUGCCUUCUUGCUGCAGUGGCCGGAUGAAGGAUCGGUGAUUCUGGGAGAACCGGUCACGCAAGGACUGACCCAGGUGGAGCUGCUCGGCGUCGGGCCUCUGAAGUGGACGCCGGCGAAGCCCGGCGGGCUGCAGGUCUUCCUGCCUCAGCUCUCCAUCAACCAGAUGCCGUGCCAGUGGGCCUGGACGCUGAAGCUGACGGGCGCCGCCUGACCGGCGCCGGCGGGGAACUGUGGGAACUUCUGGGGAUUUAAAAACGAAAAAGGGAAGCAUAUAGCGAUAACUGUGAUUUGCACUUCGUAGGACAGAAAAAGCUUUUUUUUUCUUCUUAUAUUUAUCAUUCAGGGAAUCAUUAUGCAUUUUAUAAAAAGUAAUUUUCAUGUUUGUUUUUUACUGAUCGGUGGGGCUUUUUGAUGAAGAAGAAGUUUCAUAUAUUCAUUUUUGUGCAGAUUUUUUCCACUUUUAUCUUGUACUUAUGGUUUUUUAUGGAGGCAGCUGUGAUCUGUGUGUGAAUUAUUAAAUAAAAUCAGCUAAAUUAAUUAA